AUGGGGAUGAUCGACGCAAAGAACAAGGUGCCUCAGCACCAGCGCUUUUACCAGCAGGCAUACAAGGCUCAUACCCGCCUCUGGAUGAUCGGCUCCCGCAGCCGUUGGUACAUGACCCCUUACCUCAUUGUUCUUUGGGGAGGAUUCGGAGCUACUAUGUAUGCUGCCGGACGAAAGAUCACUGGCCACAAUACCUGGUUCGGCAAAGACUAA